AUGCCUGCCUUUCGCGAGCCUGAUACAUUUCACUUUGCCGAUAAGCACAUUCUCACUGCCUGGCGUCGAUACUGGGAUGUUAAGCGGCGCCCCCUCAUCGAUAUUCUAGAUCUGACCGAAGAUGCUACGGAUGUAAUGCCACGUCGGAGGUCAUCUGCCGUCGACCCUUUCGGGGUUUCGGGGGAACUGAGCGCGGUCAGCACAGGGAGCAGUGAGAUCAAGCCGUGA